AGAACCCCACUACAGCUUCUUUGCUCGUGUGAGCAUCGCCUAUGCUUGGAACCUCGAUGGUAGAACCACCUGCACUCACAUGCCCCUUCUCUCCUCCUCCGCAUCCUACUCCUCCGCUCACUCCCCUAACCCCCUCCACAUCUCCCUCACUGAGUUUCCCCACCGCGAUCACCUUUUAGAAUCACUCACACCCGUGCUGAGAGUCAUGGCGAGCACACUGAGGGAGCUGGUGGAGGCACACUUAGCUAAGCACCAGGACUCGGUGCAGGAAGAUGCCAUGUCGCUGUACUAUGUGCCCUUCUGCCGGGUGUGGCAACGAGAGGGAGGGAAGCAACCAGAGAAGAUUGUGAGGUGCAAGACUUCUUCCCCCACCUUCCUCUCACCGUUUCCCACCGCUCUGUGUUCCUUUCUGCUCAACAAGAUCUGCGAGCCGUGGAUGAUGACGGGGCUGGAGGAGGUGGAGCACGUGAUCCAGCACCACCUCAACCACAAGCAGCUCCUCGUGGAGGCCUCUGAUUGGCUCCUGCUCUCCUGCGACCCGCGCUUCGACCUGCACCUGGGGAGGAGGGAUCAAGCGGAGAGGGACGAGAGGAGCACAUGGCAAGGGGAGGGGGAGGAGAGGGCGAGAGAGAGGGGGGCGGGGGCGUUUAUAAAAUGGGUGCAGCGGAGGGGCAUCAAGGAGUUCGGCACGGAGGAGUCGCCCCUCAAGUUUCAUUUCUACGACCAUCGUGACGUCGCACCCUCCGUGGAUAACACCUCAGACCCCUCUACUGCCACCAAUGCCACUUCCAAGCCACGAGUCAGGCGCCAAAUGAGCAUGCUGGCAGGGAGGGACCUCCGGGAGGGUGAGGUGCUGCUGACCAUUCCCCAGUCACUGUGGGUCACAGCCGAGGUGGCUGCGGAGGAGAUGCCGCCCCACACAGGCCCUGUGGACAUCCACCUGGCCAUGGCAGCAUGGCUGUUGCGGGAGAAAGCGAGAGGCAGGCAGUCCGAGUGGUGGCCGUACAUUGACAUGCUGCCGCCCUACGUGCCGCUGCCAUACCGCUUCCGCAACGAGUCCCUAGAUGAGGCACAAUCGGCCUUUGUGAAGCAGCUGAUCUUUGACCAGCGGGCGAUGGCCCGGCUAGAGUACGACCAAGCCCGCCCGCCCGCCCUGGCGUUCGCCUCGUUCGACGACUACCUCUGGGCGCACUCCAUCCUGGACUCGCGGGCCUUUGGUGUCCCGGGGAAGGAGAUCAAAGGCAUGGACAUCUCGGUCGCCACAGGGGUCAGCAAGGGUGGGAGAAGCAAGGGGAGCAGGAAGGGGGACGAGGACGGCGAGGAGGCUGAGAAGGGGAGGAGGAGGAGGGACAGUGAGAGUCGCCUGCGGACGAUGGCGAGUGCACCGGACGAGCUGGUUGAAGCGAUUAAUGAGGCGGUGGGGGUGCUGAAGGAGUCAAACCGUCGGGUCGUGCGCGGCAUGCCCAUGGCUCUCAUCACUGCGGCUGAAUUGUUGGACCACCAAGUGAAUUCGUCCAUCCAGUACAACAUCACCGAAGUGUUCCAAUACACACCGAUUUUCAAUAUCUCAGCAGGCUCAGAGCUGUCGACCUCGUACGGCCCCAAGACCAACGACCAGCUGCUCUGCACCUACGGCUUCGUGCUGGACCCCAACCCCUUCGACGGCGUGCCCCUGUUCGAGAAUCUCACAGAGGCCAUAGGCGGAGAGGAGGUUUAUCCGGGGGAGGUGGAGCUGGUGAGGGCUCUGGAGGGGAUCUGGCUGACUGAGGAAAGACCUGCAGCAGCGGCUGCUGAAGGUGGCGGUAGCAGUAGUGGUGGUGAUGGCAGCAGUGGCAGCAUCAGCACCAGCAGCAGCGACAGUGGCAAGGAGCAUGCCAAGAGCGCAGCAGCUGCAGGGACAGCAGGCACUCCCCUCAGCAGCAUAACUGAACCCUCCCUGGGAGAAAGGUCACCCGGAGCACUCUCUAGCGCUUCAGAGACCCCUCAGAUGGGAUUUUCCAGCCAAUAUUCGCCCGCAGGGAAGUCGGGCAAGGCUCUGUACAGGGAUCUGCUGAGGGUGGCGGGGAGGGCGGUGGAGGCGGUGGUGGAGGAGGCGGAGGAUGGGAAUUACACGGAUGCGCUCAAGAUGCCGCAGUUCAAUGUGAAGCAGCGCGUGGAUGACGCCGCGUGGAGGCGCUUGGGGAGGAGAAAAGGAGGGCGUGAGAGCCGUGGGGAGGAGUCAGAGGAGGUUGAGGGGAAGAGGGGUAAGGAGAGGGAGUUGGGCGUGCAGCAAGAGGUGUCGGUGUGGGCGUAUGGAGUGGUGGAGCCCACUCUGCUGGCGUCGCUGGCGGCCACGUGGCACCUUGUGCACUACGAGCAAGAGCCCCACUACGCUGACCUGGCGCUGGGCUCUGUGCUCUACAGCUGGGACCUAUCCGGAAACAGAACCUGCCUGCACGUCCUGCCAAACUACUCCACCCUCAUGCCGGCCGUGGUCGCCGCGGCCGACACCAUUCGUCUGCUAGCGGAGUACCGACUGGCUCGGUACCCCACCUCCGUGGAAGAGGACGACGCCGUGCUUCUGAAGCUGCAGUCCUGCCAAGCCUGGGGAAGAGGCUCGGUGGUAGGUUCGGCAAAAUCAGGGGAGGAUAAGCAGGGGAGGGAGGAGGCGGAGGAGAAGCAGGGGAGAAGCAGGGGGAGAAGCAGGGGGAGAAGCAGGGGGAGAAACAGGGGGAGAAGCAGAGGGAGAAACAGGAGGGGAAGGAGGGCAGAGAGGAGGAAGAGCACGAGGCGUUUUCUGCGUGGUGCAGAUCGAUCUUACCUGCGGUGGAGGAGAGGAUGGUGAUGGUGCGGUACCGCAUGCACAAGAAGAAGGUGCUGCGCAGCGUGGUCUCCCGCCUCACACGCACCUGCAUCGAGCCCUCUCUGGUCGCUGCUCGAGCUCCCCCGGGUGCGGCUUUCCACAGCCCAGCUAAUUCGGUGGGUUUGAGUUCUUCCGAUGCUGCAAUUCAGGAGGCUUCUCCUACGCCUGUAUCGAACAAUGAACAAAUUGAGGUUCCUGCAGAUGAGAGCUCAUAAGUGCAUCUGGAAGCAGGGUACA